UCCAUGGCCGCUAUAAGUAGCAGCUGCAGCUAAUCAGUCAGCAGCUAGGCACCAAACCAUCACUUCCCACUCCCACCCUCACCCCAGGCCUCGCGAUCUUCCCCGUCGGGGUCCACCACCGCGUACCAUCACAGCACCUAGCUACCGCGCCCGCGUCCCCGGCCAUGGCCGAGAAGCCGCCUCUGCCGCCCAAGCCCAAGCCGCCCCGGCCGCCGCCCAAGGGGCCAGCCGCGGCGGCGAGGCCCGCGCCCGCGCCGGCCCCCGCCACCGGCGCCCGGACCGCGCCGCCUUUCAAGAAGCCAGCUCUCGCGCCGCCGCCGCAGGUACUCCCGCUCAAGCCGCCGCCGGCGCGCCAGUACCUCCACCAGCUGCAGCCGCCGCCCGCUGGCGGCGCGCGGAAGCCGGCGCGGUACCGCCAGCAGCACCGCCGCGGCGGCGGGUGCUCCUGCCGCCGCGCGUGCUGCCUCGCCGCGGGGUUCGCCCUCCUCGCGCUCUGCCUGGCCCUCGCCGCGGCGUGCCUCGCGUACCUCUACUACCGCCCGCGCCCGCCGUCGUUCCACCUGCAGCCGCUGGCCCCCGUGCGGCUCCGCCUCGGCAACUCCUCGGCGGCGCCCGCCCUGGACGCCACCGUGGGCGCGCGCGCCGUGUCGUGGAACCCCAACGAGCGCGUCGCGUUCCGGUACGGCGCCGGCGAGGGCCGCGUCGCGCUGGCCGACGCCGACGGGGACGUCGCGCUCGGGUGGGCGCCCGUCGCCGGGUUCGAGCACGCGCCGCGGAGCGUCGCUGCCGUGGCGUUCGUGGCGACCGCCAGGGGCGUGGUCGUCGACGAGGCCGUCGCGGCGCGGGUGCGCGACCGGUACCGGCGGCGGCAGCAGGCGUUCAGGGUGGUGGUGGACACCCGCGUCGGCGUCCGCGUCGGGGCGCUGCGCACCGGCAUGGUGCCGGUCAGGCUGGUCUGCGACGGCGGCGUGAUGGCGCCGCGCGGCGGCGGGACCCCGGUGGGCCCCCUGAGCAGAUGCCAGGUGUAUCUGUUCAGAGUAAGAUGGUUUAGCUUGAACUGAAGGCACGUCCGGGGCAUCAGGGCUCCUAGCUGCUUAGAGACCACGUCGAGCUGCUACCGGAGGCGCCGAAGCUGCAGACGCCGUAAAUUAUCCGCGUGUUUCGCCGACAAGAUUGGUUGGUUUGCUCCCAACUUGAUUGGUUCUGAAUACAUAUGUGGAUGGUCUGGAGACCCUGAAGCAUUUUAGUAAAAGCUAAAGAAACUGAGUUUGUAACUGUAUAUUACACUCCCAGCUCCCAAUUCUUUUGAUUGUGUGGUGCAUACAUAGCAGGAAUGGAAUGGACGAUGGGUGUGUGUUCUUCUCA